AUGAUCUUUGGUCGCAUAGGAUCGCACGGCGACACCUUCUCCCACGCGGUUACUUGUAAGCGAUGGCUCGAAAUCGCGCGUCCCGCUCAAACCGCCCUCUGCAUUCGCGAAACCCGCGAAGCGUCCUCCCGAGAGCUCGCGAACGCCAUCGCGCAGUUUCGCAACCUUUCGCGCGUUCAUCUCCCCAACUGCAGCGUCGACAGAGUGGACGACGAUCUCCUCGACGGAAUCGCCGCGUCAUGCGGAGCGACUCUCAUUUCUUUCCGCUUCGGAACGGUGCGUCCCUUAACAAUGCAAGGCGCCUUCAACCGCCGCCAUGUGUACGACACUCAGGCAGCACCGCGUGAGCGUGUCGUGCAAGAAGGACAAGAACUCCCAGGACGGCUAGAAGCGGGAGAAGCGGCGGGAGAAGCGGAAGAGUCGACGACAGAAGCAGCUACCUACUCCGAAAUCACCGAAGGGGGUUUGGAUAGACUUUUUCGGGCCUGCCCGCAGUUAGAAGAAUUCGGUCUGCACUGCGCGCCGAAUCUCUCCCUUCGACCAGCGUCAUUUCUCGAGCUCGCGCGGAUCAGCGGGGGACCGUUGGAUGCCGAUUCGGUUUACAAAUGGAGCAUUCCGAACGACGCCAGCGCGCCGCCGAGCCUCCAGUUUCCAAAGCUGCUGGCUCCGAGCCUGACCGCGCUGCCAGAUAGCCUGGGGGAGCUGACGAACCUGCGCGAUCUUCAGAUUGGCUGCAGCGCGUUGCGAUUGCUGCCCGAGACUCUCGGGCAGCUUUCACGGCUGACGCGGCUGCACGUGACUGACUGCGGGCUUGCGCAGCUGCCCGAUUCUUUGUGCAACCUGCCCGCGCUCUCCUCUCUCUCCAUCACUUACUGCAUACGAAUCAGCCGGCUGCCCGCGAAUCUCGGGCAGCUUUCAUUCUUACGGUCCCUGCAGCUGCACAGCGUGUUUAGUCUAGAGACGUUGCCCGAAUCUCUCGGGCAGCUGCCGAAUCUUGAAGCGUUGCGACUCCAUGGAUGCAAACGGCUAACUGAGUUACCCUCCUCGGUCUAUCAACUAACGCGGCUCCAGCUGCUGAGUAUUAGAGACUGCCCGCGAAUUGUCAGCCUCCCUGAUGAUAUGGGUUUCCUUAGCCGGCUCGAGUCGCUGGAGAUUAACACGUGCGAGUCACUGAUUGGCCUCCCGCCCUCGUUUAUCCACCUCAUCAGCCUCCAGUCUCUUGAGGUUUGCUUCUGCAAGAGUUUCGCUUCAAUUCCCGCGGAUUUCGGGCAGCUGCCGAGCCUCCGCACCCUCAAGAUCUCCUCCAUUUCCUGUCUAGCCCACCUGCCCGAAUCCAUGGGACAGCUGUCUUCUCUGAAACACCUGGAGCUGUCCCAUUGGCCGCUUCUCCGCGCUCUGCCUUUCGCCCUGUUCGCGCUGAAGUCACUCGAAUGCCUGGCGGUCACCAGCUGCCGUCAUCUCUCAUCCCUUCCUGUGGGCAUCACACAGCUGAUGUCACUGAAGCUGCUGAAUUUGUCUGGUUCUGCUGCUCUUUCCGCACUGCCAGAGUUCCUCUGCCGGCUCAGCAGCCUGGAGCAGAUCCUCUUGACUGAUUGCUUUCGUUUGGUGCGGCUGCCCGAGAAUCUCGGGCAGCUGAUGAAUCUUCGACUGCUAGACCUGGAUGGAUGCGACAGCUUGCAGCGUCUGCCCGACUCGCUUUUGUCCAUAGAUGGACUGCAGAUAAGAGCUAGACUGGUGUUACGAAGAAUGGUCGCAACAAAAGCUGGUGUCGGGUUGGAUUGUGAUACGUACAGUAAAGGAGGAGCCUCUGAGUUAGAAGAUCAUGACAACCUAGAGACUUUGCAGGAUAUACACGAGUCGCACCAGAGGACAGGUGGAGACGUGCCAUUGGUGGAAAGGGGAGUGGGGUUGGAAUCAGAAGGUGAAAAGAGAGUAGGGGAGGAGGGUUGGAAUGGUGAGGAUGAGUGGGAUGGUGACUGGGAGUGGUUGCAGGAGGAGAGGGCUCGGAGGGAGUGGCAUGUGCGGUCACAGCGCUGUGCACUUGCAACGAUUGACGAUACCGCCACUAGCGUUGCUUCCGGCGUUUCCGAUGGCAGCGUGGCACCGCGGCUGAGGCGACGACGAGUAUGCUGGACGUCGUCAGGAGGUUGCGCCACGUGUCUGCGCGGGCAGCGCUGCUCCUUCCGCGUGUCCGUGCGCGCGCCCGCGCGAUGGGCGCACGUGCUGGAGGCGGACAAGGAGAGCUGGUGGAAGCGCGACUUAGCUCUGACUUUAAGAGGCAUCGCGCUAGCUCACGGGGACAUUAGGUAUUCCCAACAUCCGUUUUGCACCCACCGCCUUCCUCCCUCGCUUGCGUCUCUUUUUGUCGCCCCCAUUCUUUCCCCCUUUACUUCCCCCUGCUUCCCCCAUGCGUCCCCCAUAUUUCCCCAAUCCUCCUCCUCCCCAGGGCGACGCUCCACGUGGGGUGCGCCAAUCUCGACUUCUCUGCCUCCUUUGAGCACGCACCAGCACAGCAGCCUCCCUUGCUUCCCCCACUUCCCCUACCUCCCCCCCAUCCCGCAGGGCAACGUUGCACAAGUUCUCAACGAGAGGGGCAUUCGGGAGAUCUGCAUUGUGGGGGACAGUCACCAGCACUUUCCCCCUCCCCCUCCCCAUGCCCAUCCCCCUCCCAAUGCCCCUCCCCCUCCCCACGCCCCUCCCCCUCUCCAUGCCCCUCCCCCUCUCCAUGCCCUUCCCCCUCCCCAUGCCCCUCCCCCUCCCCAUGCCCCUCCCCCUCCCCCACUCGCCCGCUCCCAUAGGUGGGCUUUCUACCGCUGCACAGCCCCGGAGGUUCCCCCAUCCGAGUGGAUUGCCGCGUUGCACGAGAGGGGCAUUCGGGAGAUCAGCAUAGUGGGGGACAGCCACCAGCGGUUUCUAGCUGCGCACCUGCACUUCCUGCUCACGGCUCAGGCGGACAAGGAUGUGAAGCGGUGGCAGGAUAAUCUGUCCCCGCCUCUCCCCUUCCUUCCCCGUGGUCCCCCUGUUCUUCCCAAGAAUCUAGGCAUCACCACCCAUUGGCCCUUUGUCACCCCCAACCCCCUCCCCUCCCCUCCCCUCCACUUUAUCUUUAUCCCACACCCCAAUCCCCUCCAACACUCCUCCAGCCAUCGGGGUGUCACAACCAACGGAUUUCAGCAAUUCCCCUCCUGCUCCGCCAACCCUCCUAUUCCACCCUCAACUUUCUCCUCCAAACCCCCCUCCAUUCCUUCCUCCAAUCCCCCCUCCAAUCCCCCCUCCAAUCCCCCCAGCCAUCGGGGAGUCACCACCAACCGAUCGGAGGAAUUCCCUGAGAUCUCCCCCACGGCUGACGUCACGCUGUUUGAAGGAGGCUACUGGGCAGCUUCCUUCUGCCGCCAGCCCCUCAAGGCGCUCCGAGUGCACCUCGAGGAGUUUGCCCGCUGGGCGCUUGCCGCCGCGCCCGCUAAAGGCCGGGUUAUUUUCCGAACUAUCCCAUCUUUUCCGGUGGCGGGGGACCGGUGUAACGCGUGGUAUCCCGGGCCGAGUUCGAACCGGGUGGUUAUGGCGAUUAAUGUUUUGCUGAAGCAGAUAGUGCAGGGGAGAGGCGUGGAGGGAGAACAGAGAGGAGUGGGGGAGGCGGGGAAUGUUGUUGAGAGAUUAGGGGCAUGGUGGCGAGGAGGGAUACGAGGUCGAGAUGUUGGCGGGGAAGGAAGGAGAAGUGGAGGAGGGAUAGAAAAGCUGGUGUAUCUUGAUUCGAGCCUGCAGGUGCUACCGCGGGACUCUGAAGAAGAGGGGGAAAACGCGGAGAGAGCAGGAGCAGAUAGCAACGGAGAAGCAGAGAGCAACGGAGCAGCGGAGAGCAACGGAGCAGCGGAGAGCAAAGGAGCUGCGACGGAUAUUGAAGAGGCGGACGAGAUUGCUGCAGCUGGUGGUGCUGACGGUGGUGCUGGUGAUGGUGCUGGUGCUGGUGCUGGUGCUGGUGCUGGUGCUGGUGCUGGUGCUGGUGCUGGUGCUGGUGAUGGUGCUGGUGCUGGUGCUGGUGCUGGUGCUGGUGCUGGUGCUGGUGCUGGUGCUGGUGCUGGUGCUGGUGAUGGUGCUGGUGAUGGUGUUAGUGGUGGUGGUAAGUCCUACUCAGAAAAGCGGCCACCACCACCAUCACCACGAGCAGCCGCAGAAGCGCCAUCUGCUGAGCUGGCAGCAUUGCCUGCAGGGGCAGCAACAGUGCUGGACACGUGGCAGGUGGACGCACCUCGGUAUGCGGACACAGCAGUGCCCAACGACCAUCAUUACUCCAUGGUGCAACCCACAGACGGAGGCACAGUUGUGGUCGGGGAGUGCACUCUAGCUGCUUGCCUCGUGGAGGGAGGGAGAGACGGAGAAGGAGGGAGACGAAGGGGGGAGGGAGGGAAGGAGGAAGCGAGGGAGGAAGGGAGAGAUGGAGGGAGGGAGGGAGGGAGGGAGGGAGGGAGAGACGGAGAAAGGGAGAGGUGGAAGGAGGGGGAGAGACGGAGAAAGGGAGAGAUGGAAGGAGGGAGGGAGGGAGAGACGGAGAAAGGGAGAGAUGGAAGGAGGGAGGGAGGGAGAGACGGAGAAAAGGAGAGAUGGAAGGAGGGAGGGAGGGAGGAAGGGCAGGUGGAUGCCCCUCGGUAUGCGCGCCUUCAUUCACUACCUGCUCCAUGUGCUUCCCCCACUCCAUGCGAGUGCAUUCUAGACGACUUUUGA